GAACAGAUCUCGGCGAUGGGUAUUCGGUAUAAAAGAAACAGAGCAUCUUCAGAUUCUCGUCGUAUUCGCGUGGUAUCUACAUCGAACAGCAUUCGCUGCCGCUCUGCUACACUUCCGACUACUCCAAGGACAUCUAAAUCAAUGGCUAAUUACGUGAGGUUGGCUGUCAUUGUCGCUAUUAUCAUCGGAAUCGUUCGUGGAGAGGAGUCCAAUGAGCUCGAGGAUAUCGACAGGAACAUUCUCAAAUUGAAUCUUCCCUACGGCAGAAGAUUGGAUAAUGAAUUGGAGCUGGUCAGAUUGAUGCUAGUGGCACCGCGAUUAUGUCAUCCCAAACGUAAUUCCGAGCUUAUUAACUCGCUAUUGGGUCUACCGAAAAAUAUGCAUAAUGCUGGGAAACGCAAGUAAUUUCACUUAGUUGUACAAGAUAAUUCAAAGAUAUAUCAGAUAUAUGAAGAUAUAAAAAUAUACACCUCAUAGAUUAUCCACCAAAGAAUAUAUAUUAGAACGAAACAUUUAAGAAAAUCGACAGGAUUUAUCAGUAAUGUUCCUAGAAACAUGGAUCUUGUAUAAAAUGAAUCAAUACUAAUAAAUGUAAAAAGUCACAUAUA